UUCAUUUGUUUUAUUUAUAUUAUUAAAAUUUUAAAUUUUAAAGUUCAUCAUGCCCGCGUGCGAUAUCCGGAAAAAAAUGCUUUCCUUCCUUUAUGAGAAGUAAUUAACACUAGUCUGGCAGGGCCGUUAAAAGCUUUGCAGUCAGCUGACCAGACUUUCAAUUUUGACAGUUGGUUUUUGGCGCCAGUUAUUAGCGAAUAUUUUGUUAUUUAGUAAGUUUUGAUAAAAUCUACGGGUAGCGGCACAACACAUUUAUUAUUAAAAAAGUAAACAGUUAAUGUAUGCAAGUGUUUUCUUUUCACUCAAUUUUUAUACGCUUAUCGGUAACAACCAAUGGGUAUCAGCGGACUGAUAAAAUUUCUUGAAAAUGCUUCUUCAAAAAUAAAUUUGAAAGAUAUACAAGGUUGCACAGUAGCAGUGGAUACCUACUGCUGGCUGCAUAAAGGUGCAUUCGGCUGUGCCGAAAAGUUGGCUCGUGGCGAGGAUACCGAUCAGUACAUGCACUAUUGCAUGAAAUAUGUGGAACUAUUGCUGAGCUACGAUAUCAAACCGAUUUUAGUUUUCGAUGGGCGUCACCUUCCCGCUAAGGAACUUACAGAACGUCGCCGACGUGAAAGCCGUAAACAAUCACGCAAAUUGGCAGCAGAAUUAUUACGCGCUGGCGAUAAGGAAGGUGCUCGUUCACAUAUGCGGCGAUGUGUAGAUGUUACACAUGAAAUGGCUUUACGUGUAAUACGUGAGUGUCGACUGCGUAAUGUUGAUUGUAUUGUAGCACCUUAUGAGGCAGAUGCACAAAUGGCUUGGCUAAAUAAGGUGAAUUUGGCACAAUAUAUUAUAACUGAAGACUCCGAUUUGACAUUGUUCGGUGCUAACAAAAUUAUAUUCAAGCUGGACUUGACGGGUGCCGGUUUGCUGGUAGAGGCUGAUAAACUAUACUUAGCAAUGGGUUGUAGUAAAGAGCGAUAUAACUUUGAAAAAUUUAGACGCAUGUGUAUAAUGUCAGGUUGUGAUUAUUUGGAUUCGCUGCCUGGCAUUGGCUUGGCGAAAGCAUGUAAAUUUUUUCUUAAAACCGAACAGGAGGACAUGUGGAAGGCAUUAAAGAAAAUACCGACAUAUUUGAAUAUGAAAAAUCUACAGGUGGAUGACGAAUACAUUGAGCAGUUUCUCAAAGCGGAGGCAACAUUUCGGCACAUGUUUAUUUACAAUCCCCUUAAACGUCGUAUGGAACGUUUGAAUGAACUUGCCGAUUUCAACACAGACGAGCGGUACUGCUCUAAUGCAGGUGCAUUGAUAGAGGACGAGGAAUGUUCAUUUCAACUUGCACUAGGGAAUUUAAAUCCAUUUACAUUGAAAAAACUAGACGACUGGCAUCCGGAUAGAAAUUGCGGAUUUGCACAGGCAACUAAUAAUAAAACCAAACGCGCCAAACAUAAAAGUAUUUGGCAAGGAAAUUAUGAAAUACAAACCGGUGAGCUUAACUCAAAGGAAGUUGUUGAAGAUGAUAAAUGUGCUUUGCAGUUUAGUAAAAUAGAUUUUAUAAGUAAAACGCUUAAUGAAGAAAUAAGAGAGAAUACGCUUGUGGAGCUUGCUAAGCCUGAAGAAGCUGAACUCUUUUCCAUGUAUCAGCAUAAAGCUAGCGAGCUCAUAGAGCCAAGUGCCAAAAGACGACGUUACAGUGGAGAAAGUAACGACCAUGUCUCUGAUUGUGAUACCCCAGAAACAACACAAGAAACUGUUGUCAAAUCAACACACAAUACGUACAAUCCUUUUGCUAAACCACAACAUACAGAAACUAUAAAAGAGAGUAAGACAACAAUUUGUGAGAACUCAUCUUUAUUGAAAGUGCUGAGUCCGAAAAAAGGGCGUGACGAGAAAAAUUUAAUAAGCAGUAUUCAAUUAAAAAGUCCUCGUAACCCGCUGGAUAGAUUACAAGAAAAAGUGACGGUAAAGAGUCGAUAUUUUUCCAGUAACAUAAGAGAAAUUAGUAGAACUGAAAAAACCGCUAGCAGAGAUUUGUCCGCCGAAAUCAAUUCAAUAGAAAAACAAGCAAAACAAAAAGAAAUAAAACGAGCAUUGCUCUAUAACUCACCAUCACCAAAGAAAAGAUUGAUAUUUACAGAAAAAAGUGACAUUGAAGCUACUGCCAGCAUUCACAAGGAGUCACAACUACCAUUUACAAGCGAUGAAGUAGUAGUAGACUCUUUAAGUCAAUCUACAGUAGAAUCUACGAGUGAAACUAGUAAAUCAUUACCAAAACUGAAUACCAGUUAUAUAGAGCCAGAUAUUGACGAAAUCGAGAGUAAAGAUAGCUUGGAAAGUGCGAUAACGCUUUCCGAUGAUGAUUUUGAGGAUAACAGUCAGACGUUAUUAUCGAAAUCACAAACUCCAAACUCAACAUACAAACUUUUCAAAUCACACGAAAAACAACGAUUAGGUCUAACGCGUACGAAAUCUAAGUCCACGUGGAAGUCACAGGCGAAGACGACUGGUAAAUCUGCCUCAAAGUCGAAUACUACAACAGCUGCAUUGCUGCAGAAUCAAACGCGUUUAACAAUGUUUGGUUUCAAAAAGCGACCAACAUUAAAGUAGCAUUUUUUCUUUCCACAUACAUAUACCCGUAUAUAUGUGUACAGUAUAGUUUAGUAUUUUUGUAUGUUUGAAUGUUUGUAAGCUACUGUUUAAUUUGUUACUAUAAAGUUUAUAUCUAUUUUAUUAUCAAAUUUCCACUUGAUAUCGCUUACCUUUUGUAGGCAAAGUAAGACUAAUUUAAUUCACAUACAAUUAAGGCAUAGGAAAAGUUGACUGAUUAUCAAUCAUUCUGUUACUUUGUUAAGUUAAUAGGUAAAUAAAAAUUAAAUAAAUAUUGGAUUUAUCACUAAAAA